CGGUGAAGACUUCCUUCUCAACGAACUAAUGACCAUGUGUUUAUCUAGAUCAAGUUGAUACUGAAUCUUGGUUUUCCGAUUGCACUUGAUCGAGAACGCCAUAUGGAUCCUUCAACUUAAUUCUGUAGUCUGUCGCGUAUGGCGGCUGUAGUACUAGCAGUGAUAGCAGCACCUCUUUCGCCACAUGUAGCCGAGCGCACAGUAUGAAGGCUGGAUUUGCCGAUUCGAAGCCACACCUAUUGUUUCUGGAAUCGCUGGUAUUUGCGUUACUGGGCUUUGGGAUAGUAUUCACAGCAUGUCUUCUCCCGACCAAGAAACUUUCGGUCGGAGAGGAAGUAAAAGCGUAUAUCUAUAUGGCUCAUUUCGAACGAGCUAGCAGCAACAAUAGUGAUAAACUAAGCAGUGCAGCUGUGAGGGCGUCAACAACCACUCCUAAGCCCAAUACCAGUAAGAAACUGAGCAUAGAAACACCCACCGCUGGACACAAUACGCAGCAACCCAGCUCAGCAAAGAAGCAGACCCGUGAGGCCAUUGUGGCGCCGUUUCGAAAUCGCCUUGAACAGCUGCAGCAGUUUGCUCCCCUAAUUCACAAGUUUCUGUCCAGGCAGAAUAUUCAGUUCAAAGUGUUAGUAAUUGAACAGCUUGGAAAGGCCAAUUUUAACCGUGGAGCGUUGUUGAACAUUGGCUUCAUCGAAGCAAACUCUGGACGAGAUCGGGAGGACAAGUUUGACUGCAUGAGCAUACAUGACAUUGACCUUAUCCCACAGGAACUGAACAACACGUAUGACUGCAAGGAACCGCCGGUGCGGAAGGCGUGGCAGCUGAGCUCCGCCAUUGAUGUGUACGACUGGGACUUGCCCGAAGCUGCAGACGGUGGUGUGAACCUGCUGCAGUCGGACGUAUAUCGCCAGGCCAAUGGCUUCAACAACCGUUUCUAUGGCUGGGGUGGUGAGGACAAUGAUCUAAAGCUGAGACUUGUAGCUAUUGGGACGGAUUUUGUGCGCCGCAACCGGACACUUGGUCGCUAUGUGGCCAUGAAGAAGGGAAAUAUCAAGUCCAAAGCGAAAUCCACCAACCGCUUCGAAUUACUAUCCUUGUACAGAAAGUUUGUUUCCGAGGGACUGACAACAGUUAAGUACCGAGUGCUGAAGCGUAAUGUGCAGCCAACUUAUAUAUUAAUUUCUGUUGACAUGUGGCUCACUGAGGAUCCAGAUAGGUACUCUGAUAGAAGGAGGAACGUACGUACGUCAUAAUAAUCUUCAUUUCAGGACUACCCGUAGAGACACAUUUUCUUUCCCUCUCUUAUCA